CCUAGGGAAGAGGUCAAUGUCAAGUCUGAAGCGGUAAUGUCGGCCGGGAGCUGCAUUGAGCUUUCGAUAUUCUUGCACGAGCCGUUUGCUUCGAAGCCCGAACGCUUAUGUUCGCCGACAUGGGUGUUACAUUUUCAGAAGGGCAACAGUUUCGAGUGCGCCACGCUUUUGGCAAGUUUACUACUAGGGCAGGGUUAUAAUGCAUUCGUGGUGAAUGGAUAUGCAUCACGCGAACAAAUCCUUUGUGACAUGACUAGAAGAAUUUGUCCAUACUUGCCGAAAACAGAACAAACAUCACCAUCAACCGAUACCCCUAAGAUUGCCAAGUAUCAAUUAAAGGCACCACCUGAUUUCAGGAGUCGAUUUCUUUUAGAGUUAGAAGAUCGUGAGAGAAGAAAAGCGGAAGCAGAAUUACAACGACAGAAAGAAGAACAACAGAGAAUGAUCGCUGAAUUCGAACGUCCACAGUUAGAUAAAUAUUUUGGUUAUCGAAUACACGCGUGGGUAGUUAUCUUACCAGAAGAUAAAGGUAUGAGACUUCAAGAAAUUGCUGAACCAAUUUUCGUCGAAGCUUCUUCUGGCAUGUCUUACAACCCAGCCGAUGAAGAAACCAAUUCGAUAUAUUUAGGAAUCGAAAGCAUUUGGAAUGACCAGAAUUAUUGGAUGAAUAUGCAGCCACAAGGAAAAGGCUGUGCUGAAAUCAAUUGGGACUUGAAUAGGAUUGAACUCUGGGAGCAUUUGCUUCCUGGUGAGCCACAAAUCAUGCAACAUGACAAAGUCGAGAUUGAAGAAGAUAUUAGUAUUGAACAAAACAAGCAUUUGGAUAUGCCAACUUCGUAUGUGAAUGAAAUCUACAUUGACAGUUCAGAUUUUGAAAGACGAUAUCCACAGGGCAGCAAAACGAUACUUUAUAAAAAGGCCAAGGUAGAAUUAUACGCGCCAUAUAUUCGGACCGAUGGUUUAAUUCAGAAGAUUAUUAUUUAUGACGAUUAUAAAUACAUCAAUCCUAUUCAAAGUUAUGAAAAAUACUUGAAUAGAAGCGACUGUCUUGUGGAAUCCAGAAAAGAUUUCGUUACUGAUACUGUCGUAGAUUCUUUCGAUAAGGGUCGAUCAGACUAUUGCAAAGCGCAUCGUUACUUUGCAUCCGGCAGUAAUUCGAUAGACAGCGAGAGAGCAAUAGAUUUUUAUGAUAGCGCACAGUUUGAUGGACUGUCGCGCAUAGAGUUGGGUCCGCUUCAUUUAACUCAAUAUUACAAGAAUCGUGAAGAUUUUCUUUAUUACAGACACAUUGAAUUUUCGGUAGACCAAGGCAGCUCAGCAGUGGAUGGUAUCCAUUUUCGACAUAUCUCAAAAAUCAUUGAGAAAUAUCACAGAAAUGAGAAAAUUCCGGCUUGCAAGGAUGUAGCUAUCCGCGAAUUUGCGAUAAUCGAAAACGAAAUCUGUAUUAAAUUUCAUUAUGAACAAGAUCGAAGUACUCGAGCUACUCGUACAUUCAUAAAACCGCCAAUAGCGGAUAGAGGAGAUCGCUUAGUUUUUGAUCCUACGAUGACUUACGGAUAUAACCCAGAUCCGACUGCACCACCAGAGAAAAGCCUCGAUCUUUUUUACGCGCUUGAUAAACAUUUGAAAGACGAAGACCACACUAUGCUCUCUAUCAAAGACGCCGAAGCCGAAAUUACGACGUUCUUGCGAAGAAGAGCUGACGAAAAUUUAAAUCCGCAACUCGUAGUUUCAUUAUUCGAUAGAAAUCGAGCAGUCAAAAUGAUAGCCGAAUUAGAAGCGAAAGUAAAGCAUCCAACUUUGCAUGAUAUCACACAAGAGAUUAACGAAUUGGGACCGUAUUUAGCGCGAAUAGGCAAUCCAGCGCAUAUCAGUAAAACGGAAGCGUAUCUACUGCGCGAUGAUUGUUUGAGUGACUUCAAGCAGGUGUCUAUUGACAAAGCGAAUCGUAUUUUACAUAUGAUCGAAAAACAAGCUAUAGAAUUGGAAAAGAUGCAAGUUCUCCUAACACAGUCUGUGGAUUUACCGAAAGCGGAGGAGGAACAGAUAUUAGCCAAGAUAAAUGAGAUAAGUUUCAAUAUGCAUGUGCUGGAAACGUAUCUCAAUCGAUAUAGGGAUUCAGUCCAGCAGAGGUAUAGAAUAUUGAUAGAUCGUUUACAGCAAAAUCCGCAUCUCCAAGUACUCCAGAAGUAAAAGAAUAUUGAGUGAAAGAAUAUUGAGAAAUUAUAUAGAAAAGUGUAUAUUACGUAAGUAUAUUAGAUUGUGUAAGAACGUUUUCUUAUUUAUUACAAAAAUCGUAUUCAUUUUGUAUCAUCAAGGAAUAUAUUGGCAUCAUAAAAUG